ACAACAAUCUGUCAAACGGGAAAGCACGGACCGAUUUGACUUCGUGUCCACACAAAAAUCUGUCGGUGAAUUGUGUGUCGAAGGAAAACGGUGUAUUAAUUAAUUGUAUUCCAAAACCAGCACGAAAGCAUGGUUGAAUCAAAGGCAGAAAAGGCCGAGGUUGGCCGGGAAACUGUCGGCUCCGGCAAGGAGGACAUGGAACUGGGCGUACCAGUCGAAGCGCCAGUGAAAGUGUUUACGGUGGAAAUUCUCCGCCUAAUUAAGGACAUGCAGUUACAGCAUGGUCUUCGGCAUGGAGACUUUCAGCGCUACCGUGGCUACUGUUCCCGGCGCGUAAAGCGACUCCGCAAAACACUCAACCUACCUCAGGGAGAUCGGCGGCAUUACAAGAAGCGUAACGUUACGCUUGCCAACCUGGAAAAAACGGACUCCGACGAGCGGUUCCUGCACAUACCGCUUAUGUUGGCCGAACGUACGUGGUCGUACGCGAUGCAGCUACGCCAGGAAUCGAACACCGAACCGCGCAAACGGUUCCAUCUGAUUGAGAAGCUUCGCAAAUCGUGCGUGUACGCGCUGCAGCUGCAGGAUCUGUGCGCUUCGGAUCGUUGCGAUGCUCGUACGAAGCUGGAAGCGGAAGCUUACUCUGCCUGGAUCCAUGGUUCGUUGCAUUUUGAGCUGGCGCUGUGGAAAUCGGCUGCGGAAAACCUGAAGAAGGCUCAGGUGAUUUACGAAAAUCUCGCCCAAGCCAUGCCAGAGGAAGAGCAAACCAUUUACCGCGCGAAGGUGGAAGAACUGAAGCCAAGUCUGCGCUACUGUGCGUACAAUGUGGGCGAGAACGCGUCGGUCAACGAUUUGCUGGAGAUGCGCGGCCAGGCCGGGUUGCUGGGCAACCUAAGCCAUCUGGUGGCGCAGACGAAAGCCGAAAGCAUGGAAGCUUUCCAGAUGACGGAAUGGCGCGGACGCAGCGUUACGGUCCGACCGGAGAAGGUGCGACUGUUUCUGCUCAGCAUACAGGAGCUGAGCAAGAGCAUCGAAAAGGCAAAAGAUUUCCCGGCCAAGAUUGAGAUGCUGGAGAAUGUGUUGCUCGAUUGCAAGGAUGCGAUAGCCGCGAUCAAGGACGAGAUCAAACAGGAUCCCAAGUUGCGCCAGAACACGACCGAAGGGGGUUCGGGUGGACUGAUCGGAAUUCAGUAUCUGUUAGCAUACAUGUCGUACACCCGGUUAAAGCUAACACUCGAGCGCAAUCUGUUGCUGGUGGCGCAGGCUAAGCUAACACUCGACGAUCCGAACGUGCCGGAAAAGAGUCAACUCACCGGCGGAGGAAAGAAAACCAAGCCGCAGGAUCUUUCCCGGCUGUACGAGAUCAUACUGCAGAACGUGACCGAAAUGCAGCAACUGAGCGGGUUGGAAAGCGAAGCAUCGUAUCAGGCCGAAAUGGAGACGCUGUCACUUUCGUUCCGCGCCUUCCGUUGCUACUACAUCGCCAUCACGCUGGUCGCUAUGAAGCGCUGGCGGGAAGCGGUGGCUAUGUAUGAACGGUCGAAAAAGUACGCUAACGAAGCGGCCAACACCAAGACACCGUGCAAGGAUUUCGAUUUACGGCCCGAGCUAAAGCAGCUGGUCGCAACGAUCGAGGGCUGCAAAUUCUCUGCCCAUGCAUACAGCGUGCUGGAAGAUGACACCGCGGACGAUACGGUCCUGUUUGGCAAGAGUCAGAAAUCUUCCAAACCACUGUACGAGCGGCUUUCGCACUACAAGGAAGACGCGACACUAAACUCGCGCAACCCGAACGUGUUCAAGCUGAUCCCGGAGAUGGAACCGAUACCCGCCAAACCACUGUUCUUCGAUCUGGCCCUUAACUUUGUCGAUUUCCCAUCGCUAGACGAUAAGAUAGAACAAAAGGCGGCCGGCAAGGGUGCGACCGCUGGAAUGUCCGGCUUUGUGAAGGGACUGUUCGGUUGGGGUGGUGGCGGUGCCAGCAAGUAAACACGUUCCUGCCGAAGGAAGAACGAACAAUUGUACACCGCAAUAUCCCGCAAAGGUUGGAUAUGUUGCACCAUUACUUGUUUUUUAUUCCAGUUUUGUUUUUGCUUUCUUUUUUUAUUACCUAUCACCGACAAUCCAUGGGAGGAUGGUCGGUGACUAGCAUGUCUACUAUCAAUAAAUAACGCGAUCCGCAUAUUUCAA